CGCUGAGGCUGAUGGAGGAGAGCGCGGCCAUCUUGUUGUGUUUUGGGCCGAGCUGAAGCUGCAGCGGAGAGAGACGGAACGCAGACUAAUAAACACAAACAAAACACACAGCAAGCAAACAAGUGCAGCAGACAGCAACAGCAGGACCAAGGCGCAGCAGGUCGGACCCCGCGGUGUCCUGAGGAGCUCCAGGCGGAGGGCAGUCUCUCCGCGGCCCUUCUGUCCCCCGGAGCCCGGAAUGAGCGUUCGAUGUGGGGGAAGGCGCGCUGUACCGCUCCGCUGCUGCUCAUCGCGCUGCUGGGCGCCAUCAUCACGGAGCCACCGGGCACAGGUGGGCGGGUAGCUGUAGCACGGCUGCUCUCAGAGCAGCGCUGCAACCCCGGGCAGUUCGCCUGUCGCAGUGGGAAGAUGCAGUGCAUCCCGCUGGCCUGGCAGUGUGACGGCUGGACUGCCUGCGAGGACAAAAGUGACGAACUGGAUUGUCCACCUAUGAAGGAGGCGCGUUAUCGCUAUGGAAACAGUUUUGAGCAGGUGGAGGAUGUGAUGGGCGUGGCUCAGCCAGUGCGCUUCAACAAGAAGUGUCCGAGCGGUUGGCAUCACUACGAGAAGACGGCGAGCUGUUAUAAAGUAUAUCUGCGGAAUGAGAACUACUGGCAGGCGGUGGAAACGUGUCAGAGAGUGAACGGCUCGCUCGCCACCUUUGUCACCAACGAGGAGCUGCAGUUCAUCCUCAAGAUCGAGGUGGACUUUGACGAAAAAGUGUGUGAACGCAAAGACCAGUGCAAUUUUUGGGUGGGGUAUCAGUACGUCAUCACUAACCAGAGUCGCUCCCUGGAGGGCCGCUGGGAGGUGGCCUACAAAGGUUCUUUGCAGGUGUUCCUGCCCCCGGAGGGUUUGACCAGUUUUUCGGAGGUCAGUCCGACGCAGGAGAGCGUGUUCUGCGCUCAGCUUCAGCGCUUCCAAAACAAAAACAUUAACGAGCACGGUCUGCACAGCUGGCACGCCGAGAACUGUUACAAGAAGUUCCCCUUUCUCUGCAAGAGGAGGCAGACGUGCGUGGAUAUAAAGGACAACGUGGUCAGUGAGGGUUAUUACUUCACUCCUAAAGGAGAUGAUCCGUGUCUGAGCUGCACCUGCCAUGACGGAGAGCCCGAGAUGUGUGUGGCUGCGCUGUGUGACCGACCGCAGGGGUGCACACACUUCCGCAAAGACCCCAAAGAGUGCUGCAAAUUCACCUGCCUUGAUCCAGACGGCAGCAGCCUGUUCGACUCCAUGGCCAGUGGGAUGCGUCUGAUCGUCAGCUGCAUCUCGUCCUUCCUCAUCCUCUCCCUGCUGCUCUUCAUGGUGCACCGUCUGCGGCAGCGCAGACGAGAGAGGAUAGAGACGCUGAUCGGAGGAAACCUGCAUCAUUUUAACUUGGGCCGGCGCGUGGCCGGGUUCGAUUAUGGUCCGGAUGCGUUCGGGACGGGCCUGACGCCGCUGCACCUGUCUGAUGAUGGAGAGGGCGGGGCUUUCCACUUCCAGGAGCCGCCGCCCCCUUAUGCUGCGUACAAAUACCCCGACAUCCAGCACCCAGACGACCCGCCCCCUCCAUACGAGGCGUCAAUCAACCCUGACAGCAUCCUAUACGUGGACCUCGGUCGGACUGGGCUGAAUCUAUCUGCACCUCAGAUGGGUGGAGAAGGGGGCGGCCUCUGCAGACCUCUCCAAGUCCCGCCCCCAGUCCUGUCUCUGCGACCAGACCACGCCCUGGAGGAGAGAGCGGAGUCUGUUGACAGCAGUACCCUGCUGGUGGCUCCAGACACGCCCACAGAGACACAUGACAUCACCCACAGCUCCGCCCCCGAUUCCUCCUGCCCCACCUCCCUCAGUACGGUGGUGUGAGGAGCAGGAAGGGCCAGGGCUUUUGGGGCAGAGCUUUUUAACAGCUCAAGAACAGUAUGAGCGGACUGAGUGUGCUCAGAAAGGAAACACUACAGACUCGAACAUUAGAGCAUGAUGGGAUUUGGGGGGCGGGGAUUUUGAGCACAGGGGCUUUUCAGAGGCGUGGCCUCCAGCUUGUUAUGUAAAUACAGUCACUGCUCCUCAGUUUACCCAUUUUUCAUUGUUUUCAUCUGAGCAUGUGGCAAUGGCACCCCCUGCUGGAUCUUGAACAAAUUACAUUCUGAAGCUUGUUUCUACACCUGGAAUAUUUUCUCUGCAGCUCUGACCAGACUGACCCAGACUGACCUGCCCAUUCAGACCCCGCUAAUGCUAACACUGACCCUGCUAAUGGUAACACUGACCAUGCCUUCUGCUGCAUCUCCUGACCUUCAUACUGUCUCCAUCUGUGCUCUUGCUCCUCCUACCGACCCUCCACCUGGGACAACCUGUUUCUGGAACAGAGCUUCAGCAUCUGCAUGCUACGUCUCUUUCUGCAUCACAUCCUCCUCAGGUGAAGAGCACAGUGGAGUUGUGGGUAAGCAGGUGGGUUUGGAUCUGCAGUGAGUACAAAUAUGAAUUCAAACACUGUAGCAGUGAAGCAUCACCACCAGGUAAAAGUCCUUCAGCCUGAAGCUUUGGAGCUUCUGAGAGCUCUGGAGCUUUAUGACUUUGGAUUUUUGGCCCUGGAGGUUUGGAGGUUUGGAGAGUUCUAGAGCUUUGAAGCUUCAGCUCCAGAGCUAUAUAACGUCUGAUCUUUGCCUCUGGAGCUUUGGAAAUUUGACAGGGAGGUACAUAAAAGUUUUAACUGACUUGAUUGACACUAAUUUAAACUUCAGAACCUGCACUGAUUCACACAGGAGACUCCAACACUGCAGCAUUCAGAGCAGCUUUCAAGCAGUUUUGAAGAUCUGGAGCUUUUUGAAGCCGUCUGAAUGAGCUCUGUGGAGUCAUGCUCUAAUGCUGAUUAGGACCUGAUGAGACAUUGGCUGAAUCUGAAGCUCCUCUCUUCUCCCUUCACAUUGUGCUGUAGGAGUUAGGAAGCGCUCUGUAUGCCCAGCUGUGCAAACGCUGCUGAAGCCCAGACAGCUGUUUGUCUGCGCUGUUCGGAUUCAGAAGCCUGUAUUCUGGGUUCUGUGUUGUGCACUUCGUUGGGAGCAGAGAGCCAUUUGGGACGGAGCCGCAGAGUUUGAGUCUGGUCUGGUUUGUGAUGAGUGAGGUUUAGCGUUAAUUUGUGUGUUUUAGAAAAACGUUGUUGUAGUUGUUUUGAUGUUUAUUACAGACGGUUCAGCAUUUUUUUCUUACUUGUCAUUAAGUGUACAUAUAUUUACACACGAUUAUGAUGGAUAGAAAACGGUCAAAAUUCAGAAUUUUUUAAGUUUUGGGCAGGAGUUAACUUGCCCCUCACUUCCCUUUCCCAUUUUUAGAAAUGAUUAUAAUAAUUAUAAAGGAAUAUAGAAAUUAAUCUUUUUCUCCUAAAAGUCCCUGUAUGAGUCAAAUUUGGAUUUUUUUCAGUGUAAAAGUUCCUGUAUGACAUGGAUUUUUAUUUCUCCAAUUUAGAGGUCCCUGUAUGAGAUGGAUUUUUGUUUCUCUAGUUUAAAAGUCCCUGUAUGAGAUGGAUUUUUGUUUCUCUAGUUUAAAAGUCCCUGUAUGAGUUGGAUUUUUGUUUCUCCAGUUUAAAAGUCUCCUAUGAGACUGGCUUUUACUUGCUCAGUUUAAAAGUCCCUGUAUGAGACUGUUUUUUUAUUUCUUUAGUUUAAAAGUCUCUGUAUGAGAGAGAUUUCUUUUUUCAGUUUAAAAGUCCCUGGUUUUAUAGAAGAGUGGAUGCUGAUUGAUUUGUAAAAAAACAGAAAAUCACAAAUUGGACUUCAUUGGACUUGGACAAUCAUUUCAGGGGCGUUUGGCUUUCUGACCCACGGGCUGGACUCCUGCGGCACCAGCACUGAAACGACGGACGUUUUCCCUCCAGCUGCCCUGUUUACUGUCCAUCACUCUGACACUACUGUUCAUCUUCUGCUCUACGUCCUCUGACCGGUCAGCUCAGACAAUCUUCAGCAGAUGGUGUUUUUCCUCGGUGGUGAUGAAGUGCACGGUGCUGCGAUGGAGUCUGUACAAAACUGAGAGUCACUGAAACGGUUUUAAACUUUGUUUUCGUAGCUGCUGUGCAUGUUUUCGCUCUUUUGGCAUGUAGAGUUUUAUUCUGUCCGGUUCCCUCACCGCUCAGCCGCAGAAACGUUUGAAGUAGAUCAUUUGUAGUGAUGCAAUAAAAAAAAAUGUUUAAUGUAAAAAUGCUACAAUUGAUGAGUUUAAUCUCUAUUUUAUUUCAGUUUUUAAUGUAAUUCGUUUUGGUUUUUGUUUGUUUUGUUUUUGUCAGGGGUUUCACGUUUUACUCUGAUAUAGAUGUACAUCUAAUCAAAAGCCAAAUAAACUCCAGUGAAGGAUGGUGAAGGCCA